UCGAUAUACGGAGAAAUAGCCAGAACUGCAGUACAUUGAUGGACUUGUACUCGACUUUUGAAAGUAUAAAUGAGGUUCGCUGAAGUUAGAAUAUACAACAUAUACUUUAUCUCCUGGCGUCGCUGUUUAAACUUCCUUGUAUUUUUGAUGGGCUAGUUACCAGGACAUGUCACUGAUUAACUUUGGUGAUGAAAGGUUUAUAGUCGUGUUAUGCCGUGAAAUCAGUCAGUGAGAUAUUGAGAAGAAAAAUAAUUGUUCGUGAAGUUUUUCAAAAUGUCAGAGCGUACUCCGCUUCUCCACUACCGUCUCUCCACCAGCGUCAAUGAAUCCGAGCUGCGGGGUCCUUCAGCCGGUCAGGCCUGGGAGAAGCCCCCGGUAAGUCCCCGGCAGCGGUUCUCCCAUCCGAAGCAACCGAAGAAACUAUCCACCUUCUUCGGUGUGGUCGUCCCCACGUUGCUGUCAAUGUUCAGCGUGGUUGUAUUUCUGAGAAUAGGAUUCUUGGUUGGCCAGUCUGGACUGUAUCAAGCAAUCGCCAUGUUCAUUGUGGCCUACUUCAUAAUCUGCAUGACUGUGCUGUCGGUGUGUGCCAUCUCCACCAAUGGUGCCCUGGAUGCUGGGGGGGCCUACUACAUGAUUAGCAGAGCAUUGGGUCCAGAAUUUGGUGGCAGCAUUGGAAUCAUGUUUUUCUUGGCAAAUGUGUGUGCUUGUGCUCUGUAUGUGCUGGGUUUGGUUGAAGCCAUUGUUGCCACCUUUGGAGUCCCAGAAGACGGGGCACUGACGGCAUCUUCGCACCAAGUCCUGCCGUCAGGCUACUGGUGGUCUCUGCUUUAUGCCACUGCGAUUGCCCUGCUGUGUUUGCUUGUUUGCUUGGUUGGUGCUCACAUCUACGCCAAGGCCACCUUCCUCAUCUUCCUAGUGGUCAUGUUUGUCCUCGGCACCAUCUUCAUCAGCUUCUUUGCAGUCGGUCCUCGCACCAUCAUCCUACCUGGUUCUGUUUCCUUCAACCCAAUAGUAAAUGGAACGGGCCCCACUUCAGCGAACUUUACUGGUUUCAAGUUGGAUACCCUGCUGGGGAACCUGAGGGCCGACUACACUGUGGAUUACACAACUGGGAAUUUGAUGACCUUUGCCACUGUGUUUGCUGUGAUGUUUAACGGCUGUACUGGCAUCAUGGCGGGGUCCAACAUGUCAGGUGAUCUAAAGAACCCAAGCUACUCCAUUCCACGGGGCACCAUCACGGCUGUCAUCUUCACCUUCAUCAUCUAUAACCUGCUCAGCGUCCUAGUGGCAUGCUCCUGUGACCGAGUGUUACUUCAGAAGGAUUACAGUUUCCUCAGAGACAUCAACAUCUGGAACCCUUUUGUUACGGUCGGAGUUUAUUCUUCUACACUUUCAGCAGCUAUGAGCAACCUCAUUGGAGCCUCACGCAUCCUCUAUGCCUUGGCCAGAGACGACUUGUUUGGUAAGGCGUUGUCUCCUGCUAAAAAGACAUCCAACAGCGGCAACCCCUGGGUCUCUGUGCUUCUUUCCUGGUUUCUUGUACAACUGGUGCUGUUCUCUGGGAAGCUCAACACCAUUGCCAGUAUUGUGACCAUUUUCUUUUUGCUGGUUUAUGCUGCUGUGGACUUGGCUUGCCUGGCUCUGGAAUGGGCUUCUGCACCUAAUUUCAGGCCCACAUUUCGUUACUUCACCUGGCAUACGUGCGUGUUGGGCAUUGUGGGCUGUGCUGUCAUGAUGUUUCUCAUCAACGCCAUCUACGCCUCGGCCAGCAUUGCUUUCAUGCUGCUGCUUCUUCUGCUGAUUCACUACCUCAGUCCAACCUCCAGCUGGGGCUACAUCAGCCAGGCUCUUAUUUUCCAUCAGGUGCGCAAGUAUUUGCUGAUGCUGGAUGUGAGGAAGGACCAUGUGAAGUUCUGGAGGCCUCAGGUUCUGCUGAUGGUUUCCAACCCUCGGAGCAGUGUAGGCCUCAUCACCUUCAUCAAUGAUAUUAAAAAGAGCGGACUCUACGUACUGGGACACGUUCAACUUGGAGAUCUCAACACUUUACCCUCUGAUCCUCUUCAAUCUCAGUAUGCCUCCUGGUUAACCCUGGUGGACUACCUCAACAUUAAAGCCUUUGUCAAUCUGACAUUGGCUGAUUCAGUGCGGCAUGGAAUCCAGCACCUUCUGUUCAUCUCUGGACUAGGUGGAAUGCGUCCCAACACCCUUGUCUUGGGUUUCUACGAUGACAGCUUGCCAAAAGAUAAGCUUUCCGCAAGUCAAUCCACAGAUCUUUCAGGGCCCUCGCAGGAUCUUGAGCAGCACACGACUCCCUUCCACUUUGCUCCCCUUCGGGCGUCCAGUCACAGCACUGAAAAUGAAAACUUACAUAACGGAAAGGUUUUACGGGAAGAGGAAUACGUCGCAAUCAUUGCAGAUGCUAUGAAGAUGCUGAAGAAUGUGGUUUUGGCUCGUUAUUUUAAUAACUUCGACCGAGUAAAGGCUCUUUCAGCUACCUCCUCCUCUGCUGGUAAGAGUUCCGUUUAUGUCGACGUCUGGCCGGUCAACCUGCUGCGCCCGGACAGCUCCAGCUACGUGGAUACCUGUUCUCUGUUCUUACUGCAGCUAGCGUGCAUCCUCAACAUGGUCCGAGCUUGGCGCAAAGCCACACUACGUCUCUUCUUGUGUGUGGAGGAAGGGCGUAGCGUGAGCGGCUCCGAGGAGAAGCUCGGACAACUGCUGAAAGAGUUGAGAAUUAAAGCUCAAAUCUACCCUGUGCCUUGGGACCAGCAGGUGGCGCUACAUUGGCAGCGACAAGGUGAAUGGGACAAAAAGGAAGCGUCACAAUCCCGUAAUACGACAAAGGAAGAACGGAGGCGGGGAAAAGAUGAAGAGGACGAUGACGAUAAUUACUCCAAUAGCUUUCCAAGCAACACCACACGGCUGUCAGAUGACUACCUGUCAGCUGUCAAUCAGUUGAUCCUCGACCAGGCGUGGCCACCACCCGCUGUGCGCUUUCUGUACUUGCCCCGCCCACCGGCCGACACCCGUCGCUACACCGCUUACUUGCACCAGUUGGAGCUGCUGACUCAAAACCUGGGUCCCACUUUGCUCAUCCACGGUGUGACGCCUGUCAUCACCACGGAUCUCUGAACACGUCGACAUUCCACAGGCUUUGUGUUGCUGUGUCAGUGUUCUGAUUGGCUGCUGCUGUUGUCUGCAGGACUGUGGAGAACCUCGAAGUGACUUCCUCGUCCAAAAGCGGACUGGAUCAACUUACAAAAUGCGACAAAAUGGACCAAACCCGAACAUACUCAAGAACCAUUGUAUUUUUCAAAGGCUUUUUUUUUCUUCCCAAAACACUCCAAUCGAUUGAAACGUUAUUGAAAUUAUAACGUAAACCGGUAUGGCGCCAUGAUGUUCUUCCGUCCAGGUGGUCCUCGUUCUAUGACUUCCUUUUCAACACAGUGACGUAACCCGAGUUUUAGUUCCAGCUGGAACUUUUACCUAACUUAUUCGUAAAUGUAGGAAUGAAAUCAAACUAAUAAAAAGAAGAAUAACUUUUUACUUUUUUAUCCCUUUGUGUCUCGUCUCUGAGCUUUUCCUGAUGUUUAUUUUCACUUAAUUGGUGUUGACUUUCCUUUUCUUCGGCACACUGCUGCUUGGGAGAUAUAAUGAAGUGUAAAAAAAAUAAAAAAUAAGCGAUGCUGCUCAUCAUAUUACAUUCGAGUCUCCUUUACUGACUAAAAUUUGGUUUUUGAUUAAUUUAUGGGGUUGCUUUCCUAACCUCGAAACAUUGGAACACGGAACAUCGUAAACCGAGGACCACCUGUACUUAUGUAUACAGUCUGAGUUUAAAGUAUGGCAUGAUCACAAUACAUUGGUUUUAAUGUUAAAAAAAAAAUACAAAACUGGGGCUGCAUGGCGGUCGAGUGGUUAGCACGCAGACCUCACAACUAGGAGACCCAAGUUCAAUUCCAUCUCUGUGUGGAGUUUGCAUGUUCUCCCCGUGCAUGCGUGGGUUUUCUCCGGGUACUCCGGUUUUCUCCCACAUUCUAAAAACAUGCUAGGUUAAUUGCCGACUCCAAAUUGUCCAUAGGUAUGAAUGUGAGUGUGAAUGGUUGUUUGUCUAUAUGUGCCCUGUGAUUGGCCGGCCACCAGUCCAGGGUGUCCAGGCCUUGCGGUAGAAAAUGAAUGAAUGAAUGAAUACAAAACUGCGUACCUUUUGUGUAACCAGUUUGAAGGGUUUUUCUAAUGAAACCUAAAAAAAAUGCUGCAAACCUCCGACGCCCCUAUGAUGGAGCAUAUCCAUGAGCCACAACAUUGGGACUGCACUCAUCAAGACGACCAGCUUCUUCUUCUAACUCGCUUAUUCAAUCCCACCCCACAAGAAAGCUCCACGUGAUAUGAGCUGAAUUUGAAGUGUCCUCUCGCUUCCCUUGUGACCUCUUUUUUUUGGAGGGGGUUGAAGAGAGAUUGCCCCUCUCGUGUCUUGAAAUUAUCAUUCCAUGCGCCUUAAGAUCAAAAAGGUUUUGAGCGUCUAGUGGAACUAGUCCAGUCUGGAUAGAAAGUUGAACUAUGUUCAUUUUUAGCGCAGGAAUACUCACUUUUCCAUACAAAAUAUAAACAGGUUGUCCAUAAAGUCUCUUUACAGUUUUACAAUUGAUGAAAUGUGUUGAUAGAUGAGUUUGAUGUACCCUGUGGCUAUCAAAGUAGUUUUAUUUUUAUUAUUAUUUUUAAAUCAAACAUAUCCAGACUGGUGGAUUGGAAGGGAUGGACCAAUUCCCCGACUACCUUCUUUACCCAGGAGUUGUUUCUUCAAGGUUAAGCUAAAGACAUUGUGUAUCGAUGGUGCCAGAUUGCCACCAUUGAUUAAGCUAUGCUACAGCAAACACGAAACAAAUCGACUACUGUCUUAAGCUACUUUCACACUGCUGUUUUUGCUCAUCCACACACCUGAUCAAAAACAGCAGUUGAAAAAUUGCCCGAAUGUACAUUUUGCAAUGUUUGAUGUUAAUGAGGUAUGAUUGGAAACACACGGAAAAUACAUUUCUAAUACAGUUCAAUGUACAAAUAGUAAAAUAGCUUUUCCUCCCCUGCCUGCAAAAAAUGACUGACAAAUCCAAAGAUUUUCUUUUGCAAUCAUUUCUGCAAAAAGUGACCUCAAUCAUACCUUAUAUGUGUGUGUGUAUCAUUCUCUAUUGUAUUUAAUUCAUUGAGUUUAUGUAUUUGAGGUACUUUGCAAGUGGUACUUUACAUUAACUUGAAUGAUAAAGUGAUAUAAGUGCCAAUAUAAAAUAAUAUACUGUAACACAUCUGCCUUUUACCACACCAUGUAGUAUUUCAGUACACUCAUAAUGUGGGUGUUCACCUGACAUUGUUGACAUGUUUUUUUUUAACAGCGUAUGAACAUGCAUAUUGUGUUCUGUGUUCUUGUGGUGUAUUAGGAUGCUCUAUAUGUGCUUUAUUGUAUGUGUGUUUUUGUAUUUACUACUGCUACCAGCAAAGGGCGUCGUAUAAUGAUGUGAGAGUUGAAGACGUGUCCAAAUAUUGUCCAGUUCCUCUCGCUAGUUGUGGCCAGCUACAACAGUCCUGAUGGGCUGAAGGGAGAACCCGCCCAUUGUGUUCUGGUUUUGCUUGGCUGUAGGCCAUUGUCAGUCAGUCUCUUUCUGCACCACAGCCAUGUUUCCCCUUUGGUAGUGACCAUGGUUGUAUGAUUGCUAGGGCACUAUUAUGCAAUAAUGAAAUAAUGAAAGCCAAUGAGUAUGAGUAAAACACAGGAGCAAUAUGUUUUAACAAGGAUACAAAAACGCUACAGCCAAACAGCACCGGGACAAAGCAUGUCAGGGGAGUGAAUAUGGUGAGUCACUUCAUUUUUAGUGUCCACAAGAUUGAAAUUAAAUAAAAAUUUGAAUUAAAAUUCAAAUGAAAUGUGAACUUUGAGAGUGUUUAAGA